UUUUGUGACGUAAUAGAAAUAUGACGUCAUCAAAAAACAGAUACAAAAAAAAACUAAGAUAAUAAUAAUAUUGUUUGGCAAACUGCUUUUUGUAUGAAAUUUAUAGAUACUAUUUCUGAAAUAUGGCGUUUUUUAAAGCAAUACCCAGUCUUCCAUUAUUUCCGGCGGAUGACAAUAAAGUGUUCAGCCACGUUGGUCUUGAAAGAAUACACCAGGAAGUACAAACAGACCAAUCAUCGCACGUCUACGUGUCACGUGAUGUGUUUACCCAAUCAGAUAUAGAUACGUUAUAUGAAGGCGCUAGGUCACAAAAUGAACCUGAACAGAGCGGGAAAAUGUCAUAUAUAAAUUCUUGCACAAAGGCAAAGAUUUUCCACUUAAUGUUUUACUUCCUACCAAUCGUAACAGUCCUCCAGAAAUACUGUUUUGAUUUCAGGAACAAGAUUAUUGGAGAUUUUAUGGGUGGGAUUUCUGUAGCCUGUUUACAUUUCCCACAAGGCUUAGCGUACGGUUUACUGGCGUCACUAACACCUGUUGAAGGCCUAUAUUCCUCAUUCUUUCCGAUACUCUUCUACACAAUAUUCGGAACCUCUCAGCACAUGUCGUUUGCAACUGAUUCUGUUAUAGCUAUCCUCACGGCAGAAGUGAUUGAUACCCAAGUGAAAAGUAGCUUUCUUCCAAAGUUUAAUAUUUCUGUUGUACAUGCCACUCAUACAAUGAAAACUGAAUUGUUAAACUACCGGAUAGUUGUUUCGGCUGCGUGCACCUUCGUUUGUGGGAGCGUUUUGGUGGUCAUGGGAAUAUUUCGACUGGGGUUUCUGACAUCAUAUCAGUCGAAAUCUUUUAUUGGAGGAUUUACGUUUGCAGCGGCUUUCCAUAUAUUCACGAGUCAAAUACCGAAAGGGCUUGGCAUUGAAAUUCCACUAGUUAAAGGAAUUGGGAAACUGGUUUAUACUUUUAAGUACAUAUUUGAGGACAUAAGAAACACUCAUGUUCCAUCUCUGAUUAUUGUUAUAUUGUGUGUUAUAUUCAUCGUAUUUAUCAAGGAUUUUAUCAAUGAAAGGUAUAAGAGAAAGCUUAGAGUUCCAGUACCAGCAGAUUUACUGACAAUUAUCAUCGCAACAAUAAUUUCAACAUACACAAACCUUGAAAAGAAAUUUGGUAUUGAAGUAGUUGGUUCUAUUCCCGUCGGCAUACCUGAUCCUAAGCUACCAGACGUUAGCUUAUAUGUUGAAAUAUUUCCGGAAUGCUUUCAGAUGGCGUUGCUUAUAUUUUUUCUUAGCAUUGCCAUGGCAAAAGUAUGCGCGGAACAGAAUGAAUACGAAAUUAAUGACAAUAAAGAACUGAUGGCAUAUGGGUUGACGAACGUAGGCUGCUCUUUCUUUCCUUGUUUUCCGGCUUCCGUAUCUCCACCAAGGAACAUGAUUCUUAGUUCUAUGGGUGCUAAAACAACUUUAAACGGUUUGUUUACAACAUGUGUAAUGUUAUUAGUUCUGUAUGUGCUUGGGCAACUAUUUGCGCAACUUCCGGUUCCGGCUUUGGCUGCCAUGAUUUUUGUUUCUGUGAAACCUUUGUUGCUUCAAGUGAGAAGUUUGCCGAAACUGUACCGGGUGAAUAUUUACGACAUGGUUAUUUGGAUAGCCACGUGUUCAAGUGGAAUCCUGCUUGACUUACCGUACGGACUUCUAGUUGGGAUAGGUGUUUCGUUUAUAACCGUUGUUGUUCAAAGCCAACGAACUGACACUGAGGUUAGAUAUAGAACCAACGACCAUAUAUUCAUGAAAAAAGAGCACCAGCCCCAUAUAUCUGAGUCAUCAAAAGUCGUUGUGUUCCAUAUGUGCUCUGCCCUCUAUUUUGCAACAUCAGAACGCUUCCGCAGGAGAAUUUACGAAUCUACACUUAACCCUCUGAAGAUGAAAUACAAACCGGUUCAGGAAAUAGAAGUGACGUUUAGUUAUUCUUCGUCGACAAAUACAGAAUCAAGCGUUCACAAAAAUUUAACGGACAACCCAAGCUUCGGAUUAAAAGGCCAUUAA